CGCGACACCGCACAUUUGGUUCACAGGAAAAAGAUUCCUUGUGGGAGAGUAGCCGCAUUUCGUUUAGAUCAGACAGGUCAGAAAGCAGGAAAAAGAUGGCAGAUAACCAGGAAAUGUCUCCAUUGGAGAAGAAGGUGGCAGAACAGAUCGAGUACUAUUUUGGUGACCACAAUCUCCCCCGAGACAAGUUCUUAAAGGAGCAGGUGCAGUUAGAUGAUGGCUGGGUCACUCUCGAGACCAUGCUCAAAUUUAAUAGACUGAAAAGUCUCACGUCUGACGCAGCUGUCAUAGUCCAGUCGCUACAGAAAUCCAAAACUGGUUUGCUGGAGCUCAGUGAGGACAAAACCAAAAUUAGGCGAAGUCUGAACAAACCCCUUCCUGAGAACAAUGAGGAAUACAGAGACACACUCAAACACAAAUCCAUCUAUAUAAAAGGUUUUCCUCUUGACACUACGCUGGAUGAGAUUAAAGAGUGGCUCUCUGAUAAAGUAACAGCUGAGAACAUCUACAUGAGGAAAGGACCACUGAAGACUUUCAAAGGCUCCAUCUUUGCGGUUCUAGAAUCUGAAGAAGCCGCGAAGGACUUUGUCGCGCGUGCUGAUGUGAAGGAGUACAAAGGAAACGAGAUGAUCGUCUUGAUGAAAGAGGCCUAUUUUUCUAAAAAGAUGACCGAGAGGAAGCAGCAUCGUGUUGACGCAAAGGCUAAAGCAAAAUGUGAAAAGGAGGACAAGCAAAAACAAGCUGAAGAGAACGAGCUGAAAUCCCUCGAUGAUCAGAGAGGUUGCCUUUUGAAGUUCACCGGUGAUUUAAGUGAUAUCUCAAGAGAAGAUUUUCACAAAGUCUUCUCUGAUCAUGCCCAGAUCAGAUGGAUUGAUUUCACUAGAGGAGCUAAAGAGGGCACCAUCCUGUUCCACACAAAUGCCAAAGAGGCCCUGCAGAAAGCCCGUGAUGCUCAGGAAGGGGAAGAGGAGCUGAAGGUCAAAGGCAAGGUCGUUCAGUGGGAGGUGCUCGAGGGAGACACAGAACUGGAGAUGCUGAAGAAAAUCAUCGAGGAUCAGCAAGAGUCGAUAAACAAACGCAGGGGAGGCAGAGGAGGUCACAGGGGUCGUGGAAGAGGCAGAGGAGGUCGCAGAGACAGAGGAGGAAGAGAACAGACACAGUUCCGGGGAAAGAAGACCAAGUUUGACAGCGAUGAGGAGGCAGAUGAAGAACAUGCUAGUCCGAAGAAGAGAGCACUUGAGUCUGACAAUCAAGAUCAUGGAGAGCCGGCCUCCAAACAAGCAAAAAGCGAGAACGGAUCUUAAGGGCAAAGAGCUGUGUCCUGCUUUUCUGAAUUGUACAGUAGAUAUCAAGAAUUCCGGAAAAUGCUUUCUCCUACUACUUCCAGUGUCAAAGGCCUAACUGCUGCACAAAAGCUUUGCCGCCACACUUCUCCCAAAACUCCCCAUGAAAAACGCUUUAUAUACCAGAUUCAUAUAGAGAUUUUUUUUGUUUCUUUGAACAAGCAAAAAUGGAUACGAAGGUUCUUUUUUUUUUUUAUUUAUUUGCCAUUUACACGUAUAUGAUGGGUUUAUUGGAUUUAGAUCUCGUCUGCUGUCUUCCCAAUUUACAGCUGUCUGUAAAUGUUCGUUGAUUUCAGAUCACCUGUUGAAACAAUUAGCUGGAAGCGUUAUGUUAUUAUUGACAUCUGUAGAUGAUAAUCCCAUUCGUUCAUGCCUAGAACUGAGACUUUUUGCAGAUUCUGCACAGAUUGUUGAUUCAGACAGAGGGGUUGUUUUGCUCAUAUUUUGGCAAUGGAUUUUGUGAUAUGCCAAAAGGAACAGUUUUUUUUUUUUGUCCAUUUAACACAUGCUAAUUAAUUCCAUCUGUUUUAUUGUCAUUUGCACAAACCUGCGACCUUGUUUCUCUAUAUUUGUUGGUUUAAAUUUGCAUCAAAUAGUUACAGAGUCUUGUAGAGUAAGGCAUUAGAUCAUCUUAAUUUGUUAUGGAAUGGCUUUUUUUUUUAUUGAAUCUCUGCAAAAACAUAUCUCUUAAUCUAAAGUGCUGUUUUAGAUGCUGUGCUCCAUAUUGACCUCUUCUGGGUUUCAACAAGCACUCAAAUGUAGUUGUUUUGUUAGUUUCUUGUGUGUUGAGAUUGAAUUUAGGUUAAUAUUACAUGCAUUUUGAAUUUCAAUAAAGGUCCUGAAAAUCACUAGUAGUUGUAGUUUUGUGAAGAUACAGGUUAAUGUAUAACAUCAAUGUGAUCUUUCCCCAACAGAAAUAAAAAUGUUGUG